UGGGCUCGAAGGCAUCCCGACAGACCGACCCGUUGCUGCACCAUGGCCUCCUAAGCAUGGCGUGUCCCUUCAGCCGAAACAACUCGGGCGCCCAGAUCAUCGCGCGGCCCGCCAGCGUCGACGCCGAACCGCCGCACAACGCCGCCACCGCCCUCAACCUCAGGCAUCUCAGCGAGGCCAUCGGAAUCCUAACCUCGCCCUCGAACUCGUCGGUAUGUGCGGCACUGCAGUCAUUACUGGAGGAGGAGCGCCUCGCAGACUUCCACCCCAUACUGAAAAAGCUGCCGCUGACCAACCCUCCCCAGGACAAUUCCUACUCGUACCUGGACGACAUUGUGGAUUUGCUCAUGGAAAACAAUCAAGACGCAGGGCCGAUUUUGGAGCAGUUGGGUCGGUGCCUGAUCGAGAGAUGUCUGGGUCGGUUGGAACGCGCGUUCCGCAGUUUGGGGCCGGACAUGCAGAGUCUGCUGACGUCCCUGGACGGCGUGCACGACGUGCUGCAGGGCGAGGAGGAGGACGAGACGCAGGAGGAAGGCUCGUUUGUCUGCAGCGUGGUCGCCCCCGGAGAGCUCGAGCUCAGUUUCAGCACGGCCCGCAAAGGGGUGGCGCAGCUGCUGGCGGGCUCGCUGGCUAAACUCGCCGACCGGCUGCACGGCACGCGGGUCCUCGUCAAAACCGUCGGCCACCGCAAGGACCAGGCCGGACUGUCCCACUACCUCCUCAGCAUCUCCAUCCCUCAGCUGCACACGACACAGGCUGAAGUUGAAUGUUUGGCGCCGAGUGCGUCGACUUCGGCGUCCGACCUGCGGAUGAGCGUGUCCACCAUGUGCAAGGCCUUUCCGUGGCACUUCGUCCUCGACCGCAACCUCGAGUUCACGCAGCUGGGCAGCGGCUUCAUGCGACUGUUUGCCUCGGAAAUGACUGAUCACGGCCGUCACAUAGGCACCUACUUUGACCUCGUCAAGCCCAGGGUGCCACUUUCCUUCGACGCCAUUCUCAAGCGCUCAAACACGCCCUUCCUCCUCGCCAUCAAAAGCGUCAACGGAUCUCCCAAUUCGAAAGCGGCACAGGGCAUGGAGCUCAAGGGUCAGAUGGUUUUCUGUCCCGAGUCGGACUCGCUGCUGUUCGUGGCGUCGCCGUUCCUGGACGGCCUCGAGGGCCUCACCGGCCGCGGCCUCUACAUCUCAGACAUUCCAAUCCACGACGCGACCAGGGACGUGAUCCUGGUGGGCGAGCAGUCCAGAGCGCAGGACGGCCUAAAGCGACGCAUGGACAAGCUGAAGAGUUCGAUAGAGGAGGCGAGCCUCGCCGUCGACGCCGAGAGGGAGAAAAAUGUUAGCCUCUUGCAUCUCAUUUUCCCUCCAGAUAUCGCUAAAAGGCUUUGGCUUGGCGAGGACAUCCAGGCACAAACCCACGAGGACGUGACCAUGUUGUUCAGCGACAUCGUAGGCUUUACGGCCAUCUGCUCCACGGCCACCCCCUUAGAGGUCAUCACCAUGUUGCAGUCCCUUUACAACCAGUUCGACCAGCUCUGUGGCCUACUUGACGUUUACAAGGUUGAAACAAUUGGUGACGCGUACUGCGUGGCCGCGGGUCUCCACAAGCGGAGCUCAACUCACGCGCAACAAACGGCGUGGAUGGCCCUCAGCAUGAUUGAUGCGUGUUCCAGCCACAAAACCCACAUGGGCCAGCCAAUCAGGAUGAGAAUUGGAUUGCAUACUGGCUCCGUUCUGGCUGGCGUUGUUGGCAUCAAAAUGCCCCGCUAUUGUCUCUUUGGGCACAACGUCACUGUGGCCAAUAAAUUUGAAAGCGGUAGCGAGCCACUUAAAGUCAACAUUAGCCCAACCACUCAUGCGUGCCUGGUGAAAGACAAAGGUUUCACUUUCGAGGCGCGACCGCGUUCCUGCCUGCCCAACGGUUUUGUGGCUGCCGAGGACGAGACUUGCCACUUCCUGCUGGGCUACAGCCACCCCCUGCAGGAACCGCAGUCAGCACCCCUGGCAGACCACGUGGCCAGAGCCAUGAUCGACCUCGAGCAGUGAAUCCCUGCCGAAAACAAACUUUUCAUCUGCUGGUGUAAAUUAAAAAAAAAAAAAAAAUGAGAGAAAAAAGUAUUAAAAGCACGGUGUUGUUCAUUGUGUUCUGUGCUGCUGGAGAAACUGUUGAGCUAAAUUGCAGUGCUACUUUUUUGUUUAUGUUAUAAAAAUAAGUGUGGACCACUAAUUGUUCAUGCACAGGCAAAUGGUUGGUGUUGAGAGCUUUGGUGUUCUUGUUAAUGUUAGACCAGGAAAAUCUCGGAGUUUUCUCACUUGUACGUAUUCAGCGCGAAUCUCAUUAAUUCAUUUAAUUUUGCGGGCCAUUAGACUGCACUAUCAAUAUGUGUGUGUGUAAUAAAAAUGCUCCCAAGCGGCGGUUGUUUUUCUCCGAGUUGUCGAACGAAAAUUAAACACCUCUUCACACUUGCAGACAAACAAAUACACAAGAUUUAAAGGGAAUAAACUACGCUUAUCUGAGCUGAGUGUCACUUUUGAGUGUGUAAGCAAUACCCCAGUGCAGCAAAAUUCACUUCUAUGAGUGUAUUCAGUGAAUAAAAUGGAAAAUUACUAGUCAAUAAAGAUAUUAUUUG